ACUGCGUCCGUCGCGUCUCUCGGGACAACGUGGGGCACCUCCCUCUCGGAGCGCCGGAGCGGUUAAUUGGAUCCGGGAGGGAGGGGGCAUGGCCGCCGUCGGAAGGGACCAAUGGACACCCUAGGAGGUCCUAUAUGCAAAUAUGAGGGCGGUGCCAACCCGCAAUGCAGAGGAGCGCGGGUUGGGGCGCGGAGGUCUGGCAGCCAAUGGGAGCGCGGCUCCAGGCGGCCCCGCGGGGGCUGCAGGUGCCCCUGCCGGCGAUUCGGGCCGCGCCGCCAGGGCGAGACCGGGUAGUAGGAGCCGCGGGGAGGGCUGGGAUUUCCCCAGAGCCUCGGCCCAGGCCAGGAAAAUUCUCCAGCGCCUGACCUUGCAAGGCGAGGAAGGGGCUGCCUGCAAAGACAGGGAGGACGGCGCGGUGGAGGAUCUCAAGGAAAUCAUGACCCUGGCCUUCAUGAGGGAGAACUCACAGAAGGGGCUGCAGAGCACCCAGCCGCACAAGAAGAGGAGGAGGAAAAAGAGAUUGGUGAUCAAUCUAUCCAGCUGCCGGUACGAGAGCGUGCGCAGGGCGGCCCAGCAGUAUGGGCUCCGAGAGGGGGGCGAGGACGACGACUGGACUCUCUACUGGACGGACUACUCCGUGUCCCUGGAGCGGGUGAUGGAAAUGAAGAGCUACCAGAAAAUCAAUCACUUCCCUGGGAUGAGCGAAAUCUGCCGCAAGGACCUGCUGGCCAGGAACAUGAGCCGCAUGUUGAAGAUGUUCCCGAAGGACUUCCACUUCUUCCCCAGGACCUGGUGUCUCCCCGCUGACUGGGGAGGCCUGCAGACCUACAGCAGGGCCCGGAAAAAUAAGACGUACAUUUGCAAGCCGGACUCGGGCUGCCAAGGGCGAGGGAUAUUCAUCACCCGGACGGUGAAGGAAAUCAAGCCCGGGGAAGAUAUGAUCUGUCAGCUCUACAUUUCAAAGCCCUUUAUCAUUGACGGGUUCAAGUUUGACCUACGGAUUUAUGUGCUAGUGACGUCCUGUGACCCCCUCAGGAUUUUCGUGUACAACGAAGGCCUGGCCCGCUUUGCCACUACCUCCUACUCUCACCCUUGUGCAGACAACCUGGACGAUACCUGCAUGCACCUGACUAAUUAUUCCAUUAAUAAGCACAGUUCAAACUUCAUUCAAGACGCUCACUCGGGCAGCAAGAGGAAGCUGUCGGCCUUCAACGUCUACAUGGAGAGCCACGGCUACGAUGUGCCGCAGAUCUGGAGGGCCAUCGAGGACCUCAUCAUCAAGACGCUCAUCGCCGCCCACCCGGUCAUCAAGCACAACUACCAGACCUGCUUCCCCAGCCACACGCUCAACAGCGCCUGCUUUGAGAUCCUGGGCUUCGACAUCCUGCUGGACUGCAAGCUCAAGCCCUGGCUGCUGGAGGUCAACCACUCUCCAAGCUUCUCCACUGACACCCGGUUGGACAGGGAGGUGAAGGACAGGCUGCUGUAUGACACCCUGGUUCUCAUCAACCUGGGCAGCUGUGACAAAAAGAAAGUCCUGGAGGAGGAGAGACAGCGGGGCCGGUUCCUGCAGCAGUGUCGUUCUCGGGAGGUCAGGAUGGAGGAGGCCAAGGGGUUCCAGGCUGCCCGGCUGCAGAAAACCGAGAAAUACGAGAGGGAAAACUGCGGCGGGUUCCGGCUGAUUUACCCCAGCCCGAACCUGGAGAAGUACGAGAAGUUUUUCCAGGACAACACCUCGCUCUUCCAGAACACGGCUGCCUCCCGGGCUCGGGAGGGCUGUGCCCGGCAGCUGAUCCAGGAGCUGAGACUGCGGCAGGAGAAAAAGCCCUUCCAGACGCGGGAGAAGAAGGCAGAGCUGCAGGGGGAGGCGGCAGGCGAGCAGCAGAGGGUCAAGAGCUCCAGGCCGCGGCGACUUCCCCAGCGGCAGAAAUGCAAGGCGGCCACGCAUGUGCAGGGCCACAGACAAUGCUUCCAGCCGCUGGCGCUGGUGUCCUGCACGCCUGGCUUGCUCUUGGGCGUCAGAGACAGAGAGAGGAAUGAAAGGGACGGUGGCUUCAGCCCAGAGGGCCCCGAGGAGGGGGCUGAGCCCCUGUGCGCGAGGCCCUGCACCUCCGAGCUGGACCUGAGGAGUCCCCGUCACGUCGGCUGUGGGCUGCCGCGCCGUGCGCCCCGUGCCGACAUCGAGGCCGCGACGGCCCCUGCCACCAGCACAGCCGCCAGCGCCGCGCCCUUGACCUCUGUAGAAAUUUCCCCAGAGUCCACAGCGUGGGUCUCAGCCUCUCCAGAGUCCCUGCCUCACCCAGCCCCGACCACCACCUCCAAACACGGCAGCCCGGCGGUGGUCAGGGUCGUCUCCUUUCAAUGCAAGCAGCAGCAGCAGCAGCAGCAGCAGCAGCAGCAGCAACAGCAGCAGCAGCAGACCCCCCAGCAACUCACCAAAGAGAAGACAGCACAACCUUCUGCACCUCUGAUGUCCCAGCUCUUUAUGCAGAAUUUGACUCCCGACUGGACCUGGCUGAAGAACAACACGCAGGAGCAGUGCUUGGUGUCAGAGCUGCUGAGCAACAUUCAGCUGAAGAGGAGGCUGGCCCUGUUCCCUGCUCACUGCAACCCGCGGCUGCUGCUGAGUGCCCAGCCCCAGGAGUGCCCAUACAUGCUGGGGUCUGGCAGGAGCCCAGGAAACCCCUCCCUGCCCGAGGAGUGCCGCUCUGGCAGCCGCAGCUCUGCCGAGAAGAGGCAGCUGGACGUGUCCCCCCUCCUCCUCCUGGAGAGUCCCCAGAAUCACAACGUGUCCCUCAAGGACCUCCUGGUGGUUGCCACCCCAGCCCGCCUAGGCCGGAGGCCGGGCAGAAGCCAUGCAGGGGUUGUGAGGGACCUGUGUGUGCAGGGUCGGGCCACCUGCAGCCACUGCCUGGUCUCUGGCCACAGAGGAUGCAGUGGAAACUAGAAUCAGAUUGGAUCUCUGUCAUCGUUCUUCCUUUCCUACCUCUGACUCCGAGGAAGUGAUGUGUCUUUUCCCACAGCGUCUGCAGUGUCUGGAGAAUCAACUAAAAGUUUCAUUUGCUCACUUAGAAACCCUGGUCUGAUCGAUAGCUCGCGUUAGCAUCACGGAAGCCCACAGCCUCCCAGUUUGACCACGGUGCUGCCCUGGGGCCACAUCCCAGCUGCCUAAGCUGUGGCGCCAUUACCCUGGACGCUCCCCCAGCCGCAGCAGCUGUCCAAAGCCCUCAGCCCACCGACAGCCCACGCAGCUGGUCUUCGUCUCUAACGAUAAACGACAGGGAUGGGGCUGUGAGCCUCUGGGACCGUUGCAAGCCCAUCACUUCAAGGUCAGACCUCUUCCCGCCACAGCCAGCCCGAAGGCCUGAGCCUCCGCACCCAAACAUCUGCCUGCGGCCUCCCCUUCUGGCCUGCCUCAGUCUCUCUGCAAAAGGCAGAGGGGACGCAGAUGGACCCAGCCUGCAGAUAUGACCCAGCCAGUGCUAUGUAGAAAUGAUAUUCCUUCCUCUCGCAUGUAUGUUAAUAAAAUAAACUGCCAUGCUCAA